UAAGUAUAAAACGAGGAAGGUAAGUUUGGGCCCUUUAGUAUCAUUCAAGAUGACUCUAAAAUUGACAACAAGUAUAGUGGUGCUUUGCAUCGCGAUCAGCGGGCUGGAAGCCGUCAUUGUCGAGGACAUCGAUGCCCUCGGGGCAUUAGUCUCUAACACAGCAGCGUACAUCCACGCCGCCGGCUACCCCUCGGAGACCCACCAGGUCGUCACGGAGGAUGGCUACAUCCUGCAGAUGCACCGCAUCCCCCGCGGACCCAACUCCGAUCCCGGCCGCGCCAGGACCCCGGUCUUCAUCAUGCACGGGCUCACGGCCACUUCGAGUGCUUAUAUCGCUGUUGGGGCUAACUUGUCCAUAGCUUACAAUGUGGUCGACGCCGGCUUCGACGUAUGGCUGGGCAACGCGCGCGGGACCGUCAACGGACGCUCGCACUCAAAACUGAACCCCGACAACAACCGCCACGCGUCAGACUUCUUCGACUUCAGCUUCGAAGAGAUCGGCAUGUACGACAUCCCUGCUAUGAUCGACUACGUUCUGGACCACACUAAGAACGAGAAGCUCCACUACAUCGGCCACUCGCAGGGUUGUUCCACCUUCUUGGUGAUGACGUCGAUGCUCCCUGAGUACAAUGAGAAAAUCAUCACCGCCCAUCUGCUGGCUCCUGUGGGCUACAUGAAGUACUUCCCCGACAGGUCCCUGUCGCUUAUGGCUAGGACUACCAACAUGUUGUAUUCGAUGGCCCAAUCCAGCGGCAUCUACGAGAUCAGCGGCGGCGGCGGCCCGGUGGCGGCGCGAUCCGAGCCCGUGCUCGCCGACUGGAUGCCCAUCCCCACCAGCGCGCUGGACUGCGACCACGCCAGCGGAGACAUGGCGGCCACGUGCGGCGUCGUCGGACGUGACGGCUCUAGGAACAGCAUAGCCUCAGCCUUCAUCGGCGGCGGCGGCGGCGCGUCCGUCAAACAGUUCGCCCACUUCGGACAAAACAUCCGAGACAAGAAAUUCAAGAGGUUCGACUACGGGCUACUGAAAAACCUGGCCAAGUACGGAAGCACCAGGGAACCAGCGUACGACCUGGGCAAGAUCACUGUUGAGGCGACUCUGCACUACACUGUGGGGGAUAAUUUGCUACAUGAACGUGAUGUACUGGCUAUGGCAGCUGAUAUGCCCAAUGCGAGGGUUCGCCGCAUCGCCCGGGACGACUUCACCCACAAUGACUUCAUCAUCGCUGCUGAUGCCAAGGAAUUAGUGAACGAUUACGUCGUCAAAGCGCUUCUGUCUGCGUAAAACUCUGAGUUGUUAAUGUCUUUCUGGUACCUGAUUAAAAUUUUGAAAAAACUUUA